GUCUAGAGUACCAGUUGAUCAAUAGCAAUGGCAGUUUCAGGGCCGACAAAACGCUCUUGGGAUCCAUGGAAAAUGUUUGAUGUCAGUCCUGAUGAAAUGAAAGCAAUCCAAGAACGUGCACAGGUUCGAGCUACGUUAAAAGCGGAGUGGCAAAAGAAAGUUACCAAUCCUUAUAGAGGAGCUUCUGAUGGAGGCUACAUCUUUGACCCAGCAGUUCAGCGGUUCAUGUCUAUGAGAGCAACUAAUUUCGACCACUUUAAAGCUACACCAAAAACCGUGUGGGCAGGCAUUUUCUUUGUAGUAGUACCAGCUGGUUUCUUGUGUUACAAGACAAUCACAUUAAGAGCUGAACGAGAAAAGAAGUAUCGUGCAGGUUUAGUGCCAUACAAGGACAGAGAUUUUAAAUUCAUGUAUUAAGUAGGAAGACAUUAUUGCGUUGUACCUGUACAGAUUAUGUGUGACAUUUGUAUCUGAAUAACAGUCAAGAUAUGACGAAUGUUCUAUGAACUAACAACUAUGAUGGUGACAUGGCUGCUGUGACUGACUGUCAAAAGCUAAUAUUCAUUUGGGUUCUUCUUUUUUUGUAAAGACAAAGGACAUUACGGAGAAUGGUAACAGGAACAGUCAGUGUUUUAUUGAUGGCUGCCGGUUCUCGUAGACUAGAGCAGAUAGAACUGCUGUUAUUUAUAUACACAAAUAAAUAAAAGGCUAAAACACGA